CGCUGCACGCUCGUCCCCUUUCUCGCUGGUCUCUCGCCAUACCACACUCCCAUUAGCGAUGCCACAGCGACCAGAUCUGCCCACAAGACAACUGAACCCUAAUCUCAAACGCCCGUAUCUUGAACCAGUCGAACCCAGCAAAUUGCCCCCUGUUAAAUAUCAAUCGCUUGAUCGCGACGGACAUGAGGUUCUGGUGGGCCGUUUGAAGAUCCCAACACAAGGUGGCCAUGCCUUCAUACUACGCCGCUACGACACCGGCGCUAUCAGUCUCACAACCAUGUUCCGCGCAGCCUUCCCAACCGCCAGUGAAGCUGACGAGCGGAAAGAGACUCAGUGGGUAAAGGAGACCUACGACUUGGCUGGCAACAACGGUUCCGUUCGGGAACCCCACAUCGUCCGUCUCGCCGGUACCUGGGUCAGCCCAAGCAUCGCCCUACUACCCGAGUUCGCUGAAUGCUACAGCCUCGCCGACGUUAUCGCCCGGGUCGCGAGCUCAAACCCAGACCCCAACAUAAGCUACCGCCGGUCGACGAAAGGGGGAACGACACCCAAAGCUGGUGCUCCCACAUCCCCAGCUGGCGGUUCGACGAUGACGGUGUCUGCCACUUUGGCCCCAACGCCAAAGAGACGUAGAGAGUCGUCGCCUGUGUCCGUGCCAACCCCACAACCUAGCCUACCGCCCCCGCGCAGGUCAACGCGCACGAAGAGCCCUGCUGCUGUUCCACUUCCUCUGCCAACCGUUAAAUCACCCAAAUCAGUCAGAAUCGCACGGACCGUCCGUGUAGCUGAAGUCACCACCCCAGGGGGUUCGGACGAGACAGUAGUGGACGAGGAAGCAGAAACGAUAGAAAUGGCGAAACCUAGCAUGUCGCAAGAUAUUGCGGAGCAGAAGGAAUUGAUCGACAGGCUAAAAGCCGAGCGGGACGCACAAAAUAUGGAGACAGACCAGGUGGUGGCUCCACUGAAGAGAGUGCGGGAGGACGAGGAGGAACCUGAGCGUAAUUUCAACCCUAAGGAGCCAGAGCUCGAGGAGCGGAAGAUAGCAACGAAUAAACGCGUUUCAAGGUUCCAUUUGGAACCUCGACAGAAAUCUUUUGCAUGGGGUGUCGCAGCUUUCGCGAUUGGCAUGGGUGCUAUGUCUUUCCUUCCAAACUUUUUUUAGUCUUUUUGUCCAACCCUCAUUCCUGUCGCGAUUAUGGUUACUCCCACAGUCGGAGACGCCUUGUUGUAUGGUUGUGUCCUAACACAUCUUCUCUCGCGAUAACUGUAACGGGUACAGCGACACCUCCUUCAAAUCAGCUACAUACAUAUUUCCUAACCAUACAGAUGUUGUUGCCACGCGGUGGCUUUGUCGACUGUAAAUGUUUGG